AUGACGAAAAACUGCGCUAAGUGCUCAAAUGCAAUUUCGGGCAUCGAUUUCGUCGUUUGCCGUGGGUAUUGCGGUGCGGCUUUUCAUAUGAAUGCCUGCUCUGGUGUUACCCUCGCACUGCAGUCGUACUUCGCAGCGAACAGAAAUAACCUUUUUUGGAUGUGUGAUCAAUGCGCUGAGCUAUUCGAAAAUUCUCAUUUUCGCGUUCUAUCGCGCCAGGCUGAUGAAACAUCUCGUCUUUGCACGCUCACGACUGCGAUUACAGAGCUGCGUUCCGAAAUAAAGCAACUGCACUCUAAGCCUGUUACCCAAUUUUCACCCGCUACAAGCUUGCACUGGCCAGCGCCUGAACAGCGCAGAGCGAUAAAACGCCCUCGUGAGAUCGAUUUCACCAUGCGUGCUUCUGACAGUUGCCAAAUAGGACGCAAAAAGCCGUUGGCAAAUGUUGUGUCAGUGCCUAUCUGCAAUAAAGAUGCAGGUCGGAAAUUCUGGUUAUACCUUUCAAAAAUUCGUCCUGACGUCACCGUAGAAUCGGUUUCUGCUAUGGUUAAAGCCAAUAUCGGGACUGCGGAUAAUAUUUCCGUGGUAAAGCUUGUCCCAAAAGGAAGAGAGUUGGUUUCACUUACAUUCUUAUCCUUCAAAAUUGGGCUCGACCAAUCGUUCAAAGAUAAAGCUUUAGAUCCAUCCACAUGGCCUGAAGGGUUGCUGUUUCGGGAAUUCGUAGACUACGGUUCCCAAAAAUUUCAAGUUUCUCCGAAGUACAAAAGGUCUACCACGCCGUUGCUGCCACCAGAAACAGUUUCAUCGCCGAUAGCGCCGAUCCGGGAUUUGAGCCAGUUUACUCCAGCCCGGGACGCAACAGUUUAA